AUGCGCAGUGCGUGUGUACGUCUUGUUCCCAAAACAGCAGCAGCCGAGGGAGCAGAGAGAGCAGAUGGAGCGACUUUGAAGUGUUUUGGCCACACGUUUCUCCGAACAACAGACACCCGCUAACAGGCUUCAUGGUGAAACCAAAACAAAACACAUGACAGAUCAGCUGACUCCUGCUCACACUGAUUAACGCUCACACUUGAGGCUUCUGCUUUCGCUUCCUCCAGAGACAUCAGAGACCAAACUUCCCUCGACGAUGGCCACCGCCACCGCCGCCCUUGCCACGACUUCCAAGAUCAGCCUGAGAGAGGACCUGACGUGUGCCAUAUGCUGCGACCUCUUCCGGGAGCCCGUCAUGUUGGCCUGCAUGCACCACUUCUGUAAACCCUGCAUCUCCAGAUACUGGAGGGGAUUUCAAGGCCCCGUGAGCUGCCCGCAAUGCCGCAAAGAGUUCAGCUCCAAGGAGUUUCAGACCAACUACCUCGUGGCGGCCAUGGUGGAGAAGGUCAGAGUCACCACCUCGGACUCUUACCUCAAGAACCUCGAGAAACAACUGAGAGACACGUUGGAGAGCCAUCGCCUGAGGAAGGAGGACUUCAUGAACAGCGUUCGCAGAGACAAAGACAAGAUGGAUGCCAUAAAGAGAGCCGGAGCAGAUCUGCAGGCUCGUGUCAAAGGGGAAUUCCAAGCUCUCCAUCAGAUCCUGCAAAACGAGGAGACCUGCAUGCUGGAGCAGCUGAGGAGGGAGCAGGAGGAGGAGCUGGAGAAAGUCCAGCGCCACCUGGAGGCCGUCAAGCUGGCCGUGAGGGAGCUGGAGGACAAUAUGAGGGUGCUGAAGCAGGCUAGCGCUAACACAGAGAGCGUCGUGCUGACUGAGCUCCCACAGCUGAGACAAUGUGUUCAGGUGGAUAUGGCCCCGGAGUUUGACAUAAACACUUUCAGCAACAAAUACAUGGCUCCCUUACAGUACAUCACAUGGAGAAAGAUGUUCAAGUCUCUGAAGCCAGGUCCUUCCCCGUUAACGUUCGAUGUUGACACGGCACACGUGAGCAUCUACGUCUCCAGGGACAAAACCGCGGCAGCUGAGUGUGACGUCGUGGUUCCACAUACGGAUCACAGCAAGCGUUUCCUCCAGUGCGUCAACAUCCUGGCUGCCCAGGGCUUUCAGUCAGGCCAACACUACUGGGAGGUAGAAGUGACCUCCAAACCCAAGUGGGACCUGGGCGUGGCGUCUGAGUCCGUGGACAGGCGCGCUCGGAUCAAGCUGAGCCCGGAAAGCGGUUACUGGACGCUGCGCAUGCGCAAUGGGAGCGAGUGCUCUGCCGGCACGCAGCCCUGGACGAGGCUACGGCUGAGCUCCUCCCUUCAGAGGGUCGGGGUUUUCUUGGACUGUGAGGAGAGGAGGGUGUCCUUCUACAACGCCGAUGAUAUGAGUCUGAUCUAUUCGUUCACCAACGGGCCAAGGGGCAAGGUGUUCCCCUUCUUCAGCCCAUGCAUUAAUGACAGCAGACAGAAACCUCAGCCUAUUAAACUCCUCCACUACCCUCCUGUUGCUCUGCUGGACUAACAUAAGCACAAUCAAUACAGUUUCAGUGUGUAAGAGCUGUUAAUCCACUUAUUGAGCAAUGGCUGUUAUCACUGAGCUUUAAAAAGACCGUACUGCCAUUUUUAGCAGAAUGAGUUUAACAUUUCACACCGUUAUGUUCCGCUCUUAUUUUCCAUACUUUAUUGAUCGGCAGAUGUUUUUUCUUUCUAUGUGAAAAUUGCCUUGAAAUGUUAUGAAAAUUGCCAUAACCACCAUUUGUACUGUAAUCAUACUGAAGAAGUCAACAUUUUUAAAAACAAACAUAUAAUGAAGCUCAAAUUACAUUUUAAAGAUUAUUACUUUUGAAGCUUUAUUUCUGAUAGAGACAGCUGAAGAGGGACAGGACUGCGGGGAGAGAAAGAUGGACCGAGCCUUCGCACAUGGGGCGUCUGCUCUACCGACUGAGCUAAACGCCGCCCUUACAUUGUGUGCUGGUUCUGUCUAUAGACAGAUGGAGAUAGUUGACCUUUUAAAUGAUAAUCUGAAUCAUUAUUUCAUCGGGUCAGGCUAUUAUUAAACUCACCCGUGAAAGUUUUUUUCAUUAUCCAGUAUGAACAAAUCAUGCAUUUUACUGUAAGAUUUGUUUAAAUGGUUUGGAAAUUAAACCGUUUUGCAUUUUUCCGAUAUGUUAUUUGACACCCAGAUGAAACUUUGAGUUCUUUAUUUGACUUCCAGCAGCUCCUGUUGCUUUGCCAUUAUUUGUACAUUCAUAUAUAUAUACGUUACCAUGUGCCUGAAUCUGAACACUUAUGUGAUAGAAUGCACACUCUUUGUUUUUUCACUUUUCACUCAAAGAAAUAACUGAAACGUGGUUCUUUGACGUAUAUUUUACGUUGUUGUCAUCGCAUGUCAAUCACAUGUUCGAUCAUUUCUGGAAUAAGACCCAAACAAUUAUUGUAAAAACCUGCUGAUGCAAGUAAUAAAGCGGAUCACCUUUUCUUUAUGAGAUAAA